AUGAUAAAGAAUUACGGAGACAGAUAUCACCUUAUUGACAAAAAGACUUUGGAGGAGAGGAAGUUGGAUAUUGAUUAACUAACAGAAUUUGUAAAAUCAUCAGGACUAAUCAAUAUAGGGAAAAAAUACAAUAUUGUGUCAAUUAUAGGUAGUCAAAGUACAGGGAAAAGUAAGUUACUUAACUACCUUUUGGAACAAAAUUUGAUGUUUAGAAUAGGUAAGAAAGUGUGGGUUAAACAACUGUUGGUAUUUGGAUCUCUAAAGAUGUCUAAAAUAAUGUUGUAGUGUUGGAUGUGGAGGGAUCAGAUUCUGUAGAGCGAAAAUCAGGAGAGAAUGUAAGUGAUCCCUAUUAAUACCUAGAUGGUUGAAAAUCAAACAGCAUUAAUGGCAUUAGCAAUGUCACAUUGUUUUAUUAUCAAUGUAUUUGUUAAUGCCUUAGGUUAACAUACAAGUUGUUAAUUAUCUAUCAUCAAGAUCAUUAUGCAAUAGAAUUUAAAGCUAUUUCAAUAAGACAUAGUUAAGCAUAUUAUUUUUGUUGUAAGAGAUUGGAAUGAGGAGUAUAACUAUGAGGAGGCUUCUCGUAAGUUGAAUGGUUAUUUAUUGAGCAUAUGGAAUGAGAUACCCAAAGUAAGAUUUCGAUCUACCAUAAUAGCCUGAUCAAUAUAAAGAGACAGAUUUCCAUAAGUUAUUUAGUGUAUAAGUAGUUACACUGGUAUGUUACAAAUUGAAAAACGAGUUUGCUGAAUAAACAAAUUAGCUUCAUUCAAAAUUGGCCAAUGAGUAGGAUCCUAAUUUCAUUUUUAAAGAUUUUGAUUAUGAGAAAAAUGUAAGAUGGUCAGACAUGUCAUAAUAUUUAUUCAAUAUUUGGGUGGUCAUAGCAAAUAAUAAAGAUUUGAAUUUACCAAACGAGAAGAUUCUGAUUUCCAAUAUGAGAUGCUAAUAAAUCAAAUUGGAAGCAUUGGAAGGAGUUAAGAAAUUAAACGAGGUAGAAUUAGCAUGGUCUAAAUAUAGGAUUUUUAAAAUAGAGUAAAAACUGAGUUUGUUGAUGAUUUUGGUUAGUAAUGUUUAUUAAUUUUGGGUGUGGCCAAAUAAAUAUAUGACAAAGAUGCCAGAGAUUAUCAUUUUGAUGUUUAUAAAGAAAAGGAAAAAGAAUUAAUGGACGAAUUAAUGAAUAAAUUCUAUACUUACUUUUAAAUAUAUACUGAAUCACUUAAACAACAUUAUAUGAAUAGGUUAUCAGAGAAUCUAGAGAUAUUGAAGGGAGAAAGUAUUUAAUAAAAUGAUUGGCUUAGAUAUCUACGAUUUACCUGAUAAGUUGUUCGAAGUGGAUUUGUUAAAAAGGGACUUCGAAAGUUCAUUAUCAAAUUCUGUAAUUGAAGAGGGGUUGUGGUAAGAGUAAGACCAUACUAAAUUCUUUUAUAAAUAGUUUGAUAAUCAGGUAAAAUAGUUUGUUGAAGCCUAAUUAGCAACAUUUAAAUAACAAUUGGACAACAUCAUAAAAUUUGAAUGUGAAAAGAUUGUGAGUUCAUAAGUUCUCAAUAUCUCAUCUAAAUUUUGGUUUUAAAUCGAGAAAGAUUAUUACUAGAUGAUUUCAGAUAAUUAUUAUAAAUAUGAUAUAUUAUUAUUUGGAUUGAGAGUACAAAAGAAAUAGAUUGAUGAAUAUUUGAGCAAAUUUGAAGAAGAUAGUUUUUAUAAUCUCAAAUAAGUAAUUGCAGUUGCUAGUGGCAGAUUUAAGGAUUAGUUACUCUAACAAUUCAAAGCUUAAUUCGUUAGAGCUCAAGAUGGACAACCCAGAAAUUGGUAGAAAAUGCCUGAAGAACAAAUAUUCCUUAUAUACUCUGAAGCUAGAGACAAUGUCCUCUCAUUAUUAGAUUUACUGAGAAUUAGAAAACUUAAAUUCAUAAGAAUGCAAUCUAAUCUGAAUUUUAGCGCAAAAACUUCUUUCUCUCCUUUUAACCAAAAAAUCUCAUAUGAAAUCUCCUCCCAUACUGAUUCUGAUGAUGUUGUAAUGAAUGAAGUUUUUUACACAUAAGUUAAAAUGCAAUUGGCAGAAGACAUCGAUGUCUAAUAUUUAGAUGCCAUUCAGAAACAUGUACAUAUGCUGUGUUUUCUUAGAAACCAGAUUUCUUGUAGAAUGUUCCAAAGCCAUUUUGGUUCUUAUUAUUAUUCUUCAUGUAUGAUGAUGUCUUAAGAUGGAUGGGUAAUCCAUUGUUCCUUUACCCAUCUUUGAUAAUCUUAUGUUUUAUUGGAUUUUGCAUUUCUAUAGGUUAAUUGCUUUUGUUAUCUUUUGUUAGGUCUACAUAGUCUACCCAAACUGGCAUAUUAAACUAUCUUUAAAAUAAUUCAUUAGGCUGUGUUACCCCUGAUAUUUGGAGGAUUCUCAAAAUGAAAAAGAAGUCGAAUGAUUAUUUUAAUAAUCUAUAAUAAAUAUAUUAAAUGUUGACUAAAAGUGUAAAAGGUGACUAAUUGCAUUAAACAAUCACUACAGUAUCGAUAACAUAAUUAAACCUAGAUAAAUUAUAGAUCGAUAAUAACUUCAGAGAAGAGAUAAGGCGAUAUCCCUCGAUACAUGAAUGGAAAAUGCAAAAUAAAACUUCGCAAAGAAAAAAGCUAUUUGCCUUACUUGAAUAUCAGAGAACCCUCUCUGCCGACGUUGAAAUCGCCUGUUAAUAAACAAUAACAGCUAAACAGCAUGAGUUGGAUAUCAUUAAUUUAAGUCUAAAAUAAACCCAGAGAUAGGUCGAUUUCUAUUGCCAAUGAAACCUAUUUCCAAAGAACAAGAUAAGGUAGUUUUUUAGAUAAUCUCCUUAAAUAACUAAAUAAAAAUAAAAGAUCAUCUUGA